AUGUUUUCACUGCAAGUAUGGAUAAUAUUUUCCAUGAUGGUUAUUUUAAAUCAGGCUGUAAUAUUUAACCCGAAGAGACCUCUAAGCAAAGUCGAUGAUAGCAGAUACAGCUCUAAUAUUAUAUACCCAGGCGCCAAGAGAAAUAUAAGCAAAGAUAUUGAUAGCAGAGCCAGCAAAUAUAUUAUAAACCCAGACGCCAAGAGAAGUAUAAGCAAAGCCGAUGAUAGCCGAUACAGCUUAAAUAUUAUUAACCCAAAAGUUGGCAAAAGUAUAAACAUUACUUGUAGUCGCUCACCUUCUAGUGAAAAGAAAACUUGUUCUAAACAGAAAGACACAAACAAAAGCACACACGACCGGACUCGCAUACACGUUCACAAACACGGACACAAACAUAAACACAAGCACACACACAAACAUAAGCACAAGCAGACACACAAACACACACACAAACACAAGCACAAAAAGCACAAAAAGCACAAAAAGCACAAAAAGCACAAAAAGCACAAGAAGCACAAGGAACUACAAGGACAAAAGCUACAAGGGCACAAACAACCACAAGGACACAAACAAUCACCGGGACAUAUAAAACCACAAGGAAACAAACAACAUAUGGAAACCACUGCCCAUUUUUUGGUGGUGGAAAAAUUAUAUAAAAAAUUAUAG